AUGCUGCGCUCCGCGAGGCGGUCGCCUCAUUCGUCUCUCCUUCGUCUCAUUCGUCUAUCAUUCGUCUCAUUCGUCUCUCAUUCGUCUAUCAUUCGUCUAUCAUUCGCCUCAUUCGUCUCUCAUUCGUCCUUCUCAUUUUCCCCCUUCCUCCUCUCAUUCCCCCCCCCUGCUCCCUCGAUAUUUCCCCCACUGCUUCUCCACACUUCCCCCUACUACUCCCUCUCAUUUCCCCUCUUUAUCCAUCUCCUCCCCACCCCGUCUCCCCUGGGUCCCCCUUCUUCCUCUCAUCGCCUCCCUUGCUCUAUUUCCCCCACUGCUCCCCCUCACUUCUCCCUCUUCUCCCUCUCAUUUCCCUUGCUGCUCCCCCUCAUUUCCGCCGGCGCUCCCCCAUUUCUCCCCCCCAGUUCCCCCUCAUCACACGCGCUGCGAACCGCGAGCCUCGUACGCCAUUUCGCCAUUUCCCCACCACGCCCUAUCACUUCCCCCGGUGCUCUCCCCCGUGCUCAAGGUGAGUCAGCCAUAAACUGUCCCCCCUCGCUCCCUCUCAUUCGUAUCGCCGGGUCCAUCGCUACGCGCCCUCCAUGCCCUCGUUCCCCCUUCUCCUUCCCCUCAUUUCCCCCUCUGCUCCCCCUCGUAAAGCCCUUCUCCUUUCCCUUAUUUCCCCCUCUGCUUCCCCUCGUUCCCCCUCUCUCCUUCCCCUUAUUUCCCCCUCUGCUGGGGUUCGUUCCCCCCUCUCCCUCCCCUUAUUUUAUCCUCUGCUUCCCCCCGUUCCCCCCUCUCCUUCCCCUUAUUUCCCCCUCUGCUUCCCCUCGUUCCCCCCUAUCUACACUUUCAUUUCCCCGUCCGCUCCCCAUCGUUUCCUCCCUCUCCUUCCCCUUGUUUCCCCCUUUGCUUCCCUCGUUCUCCUCUCUCCUUCCCCAUAUUUUCCCCUCUGCUUCCCCUUGUUUCCCCCUAUCCUUCCCCUCCUUUCCCCCCAUGCUUCUCCUCCCUUUCCCCCCUGCAUCCCCUCCUUUCUCCACCUGCGUCCCCUCCUUUCCGCCCCUGCUUGCCCUCCUUUCCCCCCCUGCUUCCCCCCUUUUCCUCCAUGGCUUCCCCUCCUUUCACCCCUUGCUUCCCCCCUUUCCCCCCCUACAUCCCCUCCUUAGAUUCCCUUGCUUGUCCUCCUCUCCCCUCCUGCUUCCCCUCCUUUACCCCCCUGCUUCACCUCCAUUCCGCCCCUGCUUCACCUCCUUUCCCCCUCUGCUUCCCCCCUUUUCCCCCACGGCUUUCCUUCCUUUCCCCCCCUGCCUCCCCUCCUUUCUCCCCAUGCUCCUCCUCCCUUCCCCCCCUGCUUCCCCUCCUUUCCCCACCCGCCUCCCCUAUUUCGCGCCCUCCUUUCGCUCAUUUUCCCCCUUUGCUUGCCUCAAUGCCUCUCCACCCCCUUACAACCCAAUCAGCUCCUUCAAGCUUGCUUAUUCUCUGUCCUCCCUUUUUACCUUGCUUAUGCUCCCUCCUUGCUUACGCUCCCUCUUCCCCUCUACCCUCUCUUUCCAAUUUCCACCUCAACCUCAAACUCCCAUCCUCGUGCUUCCCGCCUGA